AUGUCGGCCGCCGUGGCGUGCCUGGACUACUUCGCCGCGGAGUGCCUGGUGUCCAUGUCCGCGGGCGCCGUGGUUCACCACCGCCCGCCGGACCCCGAGGGCGCGGGCGGAGCCGCCGGCUCGGAGGUGGGUGCGACGCCUCCGGAGCCUGCUCUGCCGGGUCGGGGACCACCGGGGCCCGCGCGGGUCCCCCAGCUCCUGCAGGUCCCCGCCUCCAGCUCCGGCGCGGGCUGCGCCGCGCCCCACCUGCUGGCUGCAAGCGUCUUGGCUGAUUUGCGCGGCAGCGCUGAGGAGCGCUAUGGGGCGAAUUCGAGGGAAGUUCUGCGCGCCGCGUCUGGCUCCUCCGGCCCGGCCCGGGGCUCGGGGCGGUCCCGACGCCUCAAGCCCGACCCAGCCUCCAGCACAGAAGCGGUCCCAGGACCCUCGGGCUCAUUUGGCGCGCCCGCCCUCCCAAGCGUGCCAGCGGUCUCGGCCGUGCCCGCCGUCGCCUGUGGGGUGUCCGGCAGGGCCCCAAGGCCCAGCGCCACCCCGGCAGCCGGUCAGAUGCCCCGGAGGAGGCCGGCAAAACCUUCUGCCAAGCGCCACCAGUGCCCCUUCCCGGGCUGCACCAAAGCUUACUACAAGUCAUCGCACCUCAAGUCCCACCAGCGUACCCACACGGGUGAGCGCCCCUUUUCCUGUGACUGGCUCGACUGCGACAAGAAGUUUACGCGUUCUGACGAGCUGGCCCGCCACUACAGGACCCACACGGGUGAAAAGCGCUUCUCCUGCCCCCUCUGCCCCAAGCAGUUCUCCCGGAGCGACCACUUGACCAAGCACGCUCGCCGCCAUCCGACUUAUCAUCCAGACAUGAUAGAGUACCGGGGACGUCGUCGCGCACCCCACAUCAAUCCAGAACCUACCAGUGCGGCGGAAAGUUCUGGCUCUGGCUCCGGCUCUGGCUCUGGCUCUGGCCAGACGCCCAACCUCAAGACCUACUUGUAG